AUGAAGGCCUUCACCGUUCUCUUCAACCUUGCCUUGGCCGCCACCGCCAUGGCCGGUGCCGUCGACACCCGCGCCCUGGAGCCCGGCUUUGCCGAGCGCGCCUGCGGCACCACUGGAGCUCCUUGCACCAGCGGCGACGACUGCUGCACCUACUGCGACCCCUACUCCGGCUGGACUUGCACUGACUCUACCAGAGCCUGUGUCGAGAAGGGCACUGUUCCCGCUCUUGGUCAGAACGACUGCUGCAGCUACAAGGUCGACGCUGAUGGCAAGUGCACCUAA